AUGCUGAGGCCGUGGCUGCGGUGGUGUCGGUGGCUAAGGCCUGGUACUGCAAGGGUUCUUAAAGAGAACUUUGGUUUUCGAGAGCUCGCUUCUAGUGUCCCUCCCUCAGGCAGCACUUCUCCCGGAGCUCUAAAUAUCUUCGACCGGGGUUUGAAGAGGAAACAGAAAAACUGGGCGGCGUUGCAGCCGGAGCCGACGAGAUUUGACUACCUGAGGGAGGAGGUUGGAAGUCAGAUUGCAGACCGUGUGUACGAUAUAGCAAGAGAUUUCCCCCUUGCUUUGGAUGUUGGUUGUGGAAGAGGUUAUAUAGCACAACAUUUGAAUAAGGAAACAAUUGGGAAGUUUUUCCAAACAGACAUUGCAGAAAAUGCUUUGAAAAAUUCCCUAGAAACAGAGAUUCCUACUUUCAGUGUUUUAGCUGAUGAAGAAUUCCUUCCCUUCCAAGAAAAUACAUUUGACCUGGUGGUUAGCAGUUUAAGUUUGCAUUGGGUUAAUGACCUUCCUAGAGCACUUGAACAGAUUCAUUAUAUUUUAAAACCAGAUGGAGUAUUUGUUGGAGCAAUGUUUGGAGGUGACACACUGUAUGAACUUCGCUGUUCAUUACAGUUAGCAGAAACGGAAAGAGAAGGAGGAUUUUCUCCACAUGUUUCUCCUUUUACUGCUGUCAAUGACCUAGGACAUCUGCUUGGGAGAGCUGGCUUUAAUACAUUGACUGUGGACACUGAUGAAAUUCAAGUUAACUAUCCUGGAAUGUUUGAACUAAUGGAAGAUUUACAAGGUAUGGGAGAGAGUAACUGUUCCUGGAAUAGAAAAGCCCUGCUGCACCGAGACACGAUGCUGGCGGCUGCGGCUGUUUACAGAGAAAUGUACAGAAACUCAGAUGGCUCAGUACCUGCCACGUACCAGAUCUAUCACAUGAUAGGAUGGAAAUACCAUGAUUCUCAGGCAAGACCAGCUGAAAGAGGUUCUGCAACCGUGUCAUUUGGAGAGCUAGGAAAACUAAAUCUUACGUCACAGGGGAAAGACUCACAAUAAAUGUUUUAUUCAGUGUA